AGUAUGAUUCUUCUGUAUCCCCUGAAACUAGUGAACAGAUAAACUUACGAUGUGAAGACACUCCUGCAUCUGAUAUAACUGAUGAUACUUCAAAUUCCGACAUAUGUCAGAGGACAAAGACUCAGCUGGAGAAAUUCAUGGUAGAAGUUUCUGAAAACUCUAGUUCGUCUAUUAAUAAUAGCAAUGCAGACAGUAAUGUGAUACCUACAACCCUGAAUGAAACAGAAGAGUCAAAGACUCAAUGCUUCACAUCAUCUCAACCCAGCAAUAUUAGCUUGGCAUUUUAUACAAAAACUUUUGGGUUGGCAUCAGAAAAACAACUUGAUCCGGAAUCUAAUGCAGUUAAUAGAAUUUUAAAUAAGGAAGUUCGCGCUCAGCACCUUGCAAAUAUUUCUGACGCGCUUUUAUGGAAGAGAAUCGAAAAGGCUAAAAGGCUCAACGAACUUUUCAGUGUAAUAGAUAUGGAUAAAUUUUAUCGAAUACAUUCCUUUUCUGCUGAUAGUAUCUCGAAAAUGACAAACAAAGAUAUUCAAUAUAUAAUAUAUAACGUAACAUUUGACUAUAGUAUUAAGAUAGAACCCACCCUAAAAUCCGAAUUCCCUGAACCGA